CAACAUAUCCCGCCUUCUUCACUUCCAUUUCCAAACUCAAAUUAAGCUAUCUUCUCUCAUUAAUUCCUCACUCAAACUUUCUCUCUCCUAAAUCUCAACCUCUAACAAUGGCACGAACCAAGCAAACUGCCAGGAAAUCCACUGGAGGAAAAGCUCCAAGGAAGCAGCUCGCCACUAAGGCUGCCCGUAAGUCUGCCCCUGCCACCGGAGGAGUCAAGAAGCCCCACCGUUUCAGGCCAGGAACUGUGGCUCUUCGUGAGAUCAGGAAGUACCAGAAGAGCACCGAGCUUCUCAUCAGGAAGCUUCCGUUCCAGAGGCUUGUCAGAGAAAUCGCUCAGGAUUUCAAAACCGAUCUCCGUUUCCAAAGCUCCGCUGUCGCCGCCCUUCAAGAAGCCGCUGAAGCUUACCUUGUUGGUCUCUUUGAGGAUACCAAUCUCUGCGCAAUUCACGCUAAGAGGGUGACCAUUAUGCCUAAGGAUAUUCAACUUGCUAGGAGGAUCCGUGGUGAGAGGGCUUAAUUUAAGGGUUUCAAUUGAAUUGGGAUCUCUAGGGUUAGGGCAGCUAGGGCUUGUUAGAGUAGUAUGUUAAUCAAAUUAGUUUUUAAUCUAUUAUGUAGUUAGUGUUGUAAUGUGGUGGUUAGUCGAUGAAUAUUUGGAUCCGUUAUUGGUAAAUCCUGAUUGAAAUUUAUAUUGUUAUGUUGACUUGAAUCUGAAAUUUGGAAUUGUUGAAUCUUAUUAAUUUUUUUUGCA